AUGAGCCUCAACGACUCACUGAUGCAGGGCCCGCUGAAUAUGAACUCACUGGCCGGUGUCCUGAUCCGCUGGCGCGAGAAGCGCGUGGCUCUGACGUCAGAUGUAGUGGCCAUGUUCAGCCAGAUCCUCAUGAACGAACAAGAUCGACCCAGCCUUAGAUUCCUCUGGCGAGACGACAGCCGGGACGGGGACUUUGACGUCUAUGAAUCUCCUGUGCUUAUAUUUGGCGCGGCGUGCUCACCGAGUAUCGCGAGCUACUGUUUCCGGCGCACAGCGACUGAUUUUGGCGACGGCGAUCCGCUGGUGACCAGAGCGAUAAAUGAAGACAGCUACGUGGACGAUCUGAUGACCGGAGCGGCGACUGAAGCCGAAGCAGUGCAACUAAUCGGCCAGCUGACGGAAACUCUUCGACGCGGGGGCUUCGAACUGGGCCCAUGGACGUCCAAUUCCCCUGCAGUGCUCAGCCAGCUGAUGCCCGAACAACGCUGUGAAGAUGACUUCAACGUGGGGAAUGCGGACGAUCAUCGAGCUCUGGGCGUCGUAUGGAAGCCCAGCUCUGACAUGCUGACCUACCGGACGCAUGUUCCUCCAGAAACGGCAACGAAGCGGACAGUCAUGUCCACCGUUAUGUCGGUAUUUGACCCCCUAGGAUACCUAACUGGAUGGCUGCUUCGUGGAAAGCUCCUACUUCAGCAGAUCUGGAAACGUGACCUCUCGUGGGAUGAUAAAAUUCCGAAAGAUUUGGAACAAGAAUGGCGGAAGUGGACUGAUGAGCUGGAACGGAUCAAUGUACUACGGCUGCCGAGGCACCAGUUCAACAAUACGUGCGCCUCUGAAGUAGAGCUGCACGUGUUCUGCGACGCCAGCGAGAAGGGCUUUGCCUCUGUACUGUACUACAGAUGGAGAACCGAAGACGGAGGCAUCGAGGUCAGCAUUGUCGUGGCCAAAUCGAGAGUGGCGCCGACAAAAAGACUCACUAUUCCCAGACUGGAGCUGCAGGCGGCCGUGCUGGGGGUGAGAAUGGCCGCCGACCUGAUGAAAGAAGCACGCAUCAAGAUCAAAUCGGCAACGUUCUGGACGGACUCUAAGAACGUUCUGGCGUGGAUAAAGUCAAGGGAAGUGCCUCGUCUGGGACGCUACCUGCGUCGACACGUUCAGCGCUUCGUCAGUCAAGGCAUCCGCGGCCCGUGCGAGCUCAGCUGCAACCGUCGCCGAGAGGCGUAA